GUGGUUGCAACAGUGAUGAAGUGGAAGACGGUGACAGCCAUCUUUCUUUUGGUGGUUCUGUACCUGGUGAUGGGAGCAGCAGUCUUCAGAUCCCUGGAGCAGCCCCACGAGAGUGAACAGCGUUUGGCCAUCCUGUCCCAGAAGCUGCAGUUCCUUUCCAGACACUCCUGUGUCAACCAGAGCCAGCUGGAGGAGCUGGUUAAGCAAGUCGUGUCCGCCAUCCGUUCAGGAGUAAAUCCUGCAGGAACAAUGACCAACAACAGCAGCCUGUGGGACCUGAGCUCUGCCUUCUUCUUUGCUGGAACCGUCAUCACAACCAUUGGUUUUGGGAACAUCUCUCCCCACACCGAAGGCGGGAGAAUAUUCUGCAUUGUCUAUGCUUUGUUAGGGAUACCGCUGUUUGGCUUCCUUUUGGCCGGUGUAGGAGACCAGCUCGGCACCAUAUUUGGCAAGGGCAUUGACAAAGUGGAGAAGAUGUUCGUGCAUGGGGAGAUCAGUCAGACAAAGAUCUGGGUCAUAUCCACGCUGCUGUUCGUGCUGUUUGGCUGCCUGCUGUUUGUGGCCCUCCCAGCAGCUAUCUUUAAACACAUCGAGGGCUGGUCUGCGCUGGAGUCCCUGUACUUUGUCGUCAUCACCUUGACUACUAUUGGUUUUGGGGACUUUGUGGCAGGUAAAAAGCACAACCUGUUUAUAGGUGGGUCAGAUAUUGAGUACAUGGACUACUAUAAACCAGUCGUGUGGUUCUGGAUUCUGGUUGGGCUGGCCUACUUUGCUGCUAUCCUCAGUAUGAUUGGAGACUGGCUGAAAGUCAUCUCCAAGAGGACAAAAGAAGAGGUUGGAGAGAUCCGGGCGCAUGCUGCAGAGUGGACGGCAAAUGUCUCUGCAGAGUUCAAAGAAACCCGUCGUCGUGUUAGCAUUGAGAUCCACGACAAGUUCCAGCGUGCUGCAUCAAUCAAACGCAAGCUGUCCUCAGAGCUGGGAUUUAGCCCGGCUCCCGAGGUCACCCUGCCCAAGCGGGCCGUGUCUGUCAAUUUCAACAAUGAACGGGACAAAAACGAGAAGGAGGCCAGACUGCAUGGAUUGACACCUUCGGCCAUAAAUGGCGCUUUGGUCUUGAACGGACCGGACCUGGAGAGAGGCGAGAUCUCAAUUAUUGAGCACCUCAAGUAG